UUUCAAGUCCCCAAGCCAAGCCAAGAUGGUGCUGUACGUGGCCGACGACGACGACCGCGAUGGACCCUGCGACGUCGACAUGGGUGAGCCCGUCGAGGGCAUGGCCGACUGGCGCCGCCAGCUCCACGCCCACGAUAGCAUCGACGUCCAGAACGUCUUUGGCACCUGGUGCGCCGCCAUGCUCCUCGAGGCGACGUCAUCAUCCGUGCGUGUGCGCUUCCACAACAUGAACCCGGCGUGGGACGCGUGGUAUCCCAAGCACUCGCGCUGCCUUGCGCCGUCCUCGACCAAGGCCAGCAACGAUGCACUGCCGUUCACGACGGCGCAGACCGUCGACCUCUGCUUGCACACCGAGUGGAAGAGUGCGAACGUGCUGCGCGUCCGCACCGACGAGGUCUUUGUGCGCGUGGCCAACCAAGAGCGAUGGGUGCCGUUCCAGCCGUCCUGGCUCGCGCCGCAGGGCUGCCACACGGCCGCGCCUGUCUUGGAGCAUCCGGUCCCGCACACGCGCCGCGCCGUCACCACCGGAUCGUCCUUUGACACGUACUGCGCAGCGCUAGCCCAGCACGAGCUUGCCCUCGUGCCGGUGCCUGGCGACGGCAACUGCCUCUUCCGCGCCAUUAGCCACCAGAUAUAUGGCGACGACCAGUUUCACGCCGUCGUGCGCGCGAGCUGCCUGGACUACAUGGAGGCCGCGCAAGCCUACUUUGAGCCGUUUGUCCUUGGCGACAUGCCGGCGUUUCUGCGCUACGUAGCGCACAAGCGGACGCUGGGGGUCUGGGGCGACGACCCGGAGCUCCAAGCGCUCUGCGAGCUCUACGACCGGCCGCUCUACGUGUUUGUGUAUGACCCGCGCGUCGGCGCCAAAGUGCUGCGGACGUUCCACGAAGCGUCGACCAACCCGCGUCCGCCGAUGCGCGUGAGCUUUUACGGCGGCGGGCACUACGACUCGGUCGUGCACCGGGGUACGCACGCCACGCACCUUCUGCGAGACCCGCCGGGGACGUACGAGCGACGGCGUCUCGCUGACAUGCAGCGCCACCUCGCAGAGGAGCACGACGCGCUCGAGCGCUCGCGCCUCGAGUUUCACGGCCAGAGCUCGCUCGAAGACGCGUUCGCAGCGUCAUUGGCCGCGUACGAAGCCCACGUCGCGUCGUCCGUCGAGGCGAGUGACGUCGCUACGGUCCAAGCCGAGAGCGAGCGUGAUGCCCUCCAGGCGUCACUGUUGAGCAGCGUGCAAGCCGAGUCGGAGCAGGACCUCCUGCAGCAAGCUCUCCAAGCGUCUCUCCAAGACGCGCCUACUGCCAUCAAGAGCGACCAAGAUGACGACGAAGCCCUCCUUGCGGUGGCACUGCAAGCAUCGCUCGAGCCCGCAGCGUCACUGGACCCAUACGAGGAAGCACUGCGACGUGCGCUCUCCGAGUCGACGGCACACUUGGCUGCUGACGACGACGACGACGACGCGCUCCAGCUCGCGAUCCAGCAGUCGCUGCUGUAGCCCAAGAAACGCACAAGCUAUUACGUAUAUGCAAGUUGUCACUCGAUGGUGACCGAGGUGUUUUUGAGGA